CAUGCUCAUGGCCCGGUGACACGGUAUGUGGACUUGCACGGCCCAGUUCGUGCGGUUGUGUGUAGCUCUUAACGACAUUAUGAUUUUUUUCUAUACUGUAAACGAAGAGAAGAUCUUGUUGAAAAUAGGCGCCAAAUAAUCGAACAAGCUUUUUCCUAGUUUUCAACUCUCUGACAGAGUUAAGAGAAAGAGGGUGGAAGAAAGAGAGAGAACUUUUCUGGGUGUUUAGUUUUGAUGCUUAAUCAUGGACUAUGACCUGCGCUAUUAUACACAGCUGUUACAGUCCUACAAUGGCCGCCAAAACUCCAUUAAUCAAGUUAAGCAGAUUCAUCUCCUAUUCCUCAAAAGGGGUAUUCUUAAUUCCGUUUUAAGUAUCGGAAAUCGUCUUAUUCAGGUUUAUGCAAAUUGUGGUAUUAUGAGGGAUGCAGCUAAGGUGUUCGAUGAAAUGCCCCAAAGAAACUGCUUCUCAUGGAACACCCUUAUUGAGGGGUUUAUGAAGUCAGGGAACAUAAAUAAGUCAUUAGAGGUUUUCAAUGCUAUGCCUUUUAGGGAUGAUUUUUCAUGGAAUGUUGUUAUUUCUGGGUGUGUGAAAUCGGGCGAAUUGGGUUUAGCUAGGAUGGUUUUUAAUGAGAUGCCUAGAAAGAAUGGUAUUGCUUGGAAUUCGAUGCUUCAUGGGUAUGCUCGUCGUGGGUGUCUUCCAGAAGCUUUGAGGUUGUUUAAAGAUAUGAACUUUGAUGGUGCUGAAUCAGGGAAGAGAGAUCCUUUUGUAUUGGCAACAAUGGUUGGUGCUUGUACUGAUAUGAUGGCUCUUGGUUGUGGGAAGCAAAUUCAUGCUAGGAUCAUUAUUGAUGGAGUGGAAUUCGAUACGGUUUUAGGAAGCUCUAUUGUUAAUUUGUAUAGCAAGUGUGGUGAAUUAGACAAUGCUAAACAUGUCUUUAAGUUGACAAAAGAAGCUGAUGACUUUUCACUUUCUGCUUUGAUUACAGGAUAUGCAAAUGUGGGUAAAAUGGAUGAUGCUAGAAGAACUUUUGACAGUAUAGCUAAUCCUUGUGUCGUGGUUUGGAAUUCGUUGAUUUCUGGUUAUGUUGCUAAUGAUCAACCUAUAGAGGCCUUGGCUUUAUUUAACAUGAUGAGGAAUAAGGACUAUAAGCCAGACUGCUCUACUUUUGCUAAUGUUUUGAAUGCUUGCUCGAGUAUUGGUGGUGCUCAUGAAUAUGGUAGACAAUUACACAAUCAUGCUUGCAAAGUUGGGGUCUCUACGGAUGUUGUUGUUGCUUGUUCCCUUAUUGAUAUGUAUUCCAAGUGCGGAAAUCCAAGUAAAGCUUGUAAAUUCUUUGAUGAGCUUGAACAUCAUGAUACUGUCCUUCUUAAUUCUAUGAUCAAUGUCUACUGUAACUGUGGAAGAUUGCAAGAUGCCAAGCAGAUCUUUGACAGUAUGCAAGAUAAAUCCUUGAUCUCUUGGAAUUCAAUGUUAGUAGCUUUUAGUCAUAAUAGUUGUCCCCUUUCAGCUCUAGAUCUUUUCUGUAAGAUGAAUACGCUUGAAGUUCGAAUGGACAAAUACAGUUUUGCAAGUGUGAUCAGCUCCUGUGCUAGCAUCAGUUCACUUAGAUUUGGUGAGCAGGUUUUUGCAAGAACUAUUGUUGUUGGCUUAGAAGCUGACUUGAUUGUCUGUACCUCACUCAUUGAUUUCUAUUGCAAGUGUGGUUUCAUUAACUUGGGUCGGAAGUUAUUUGAUGAAAUGGUCAAAUUUGAUGAAGCUUCUUGGAAUUCAAUGUUAACGGGCUAUGCUACAAAUGGUCAAGGAAUGGAGGUUUUAGAUUUGUUUGCUUCCAUGAAACAUGCUGGAGUUCAGCCAAAUGUUGUUACUUUUACUGUACUUCUAUCUGCUUGCAGUCACUGUGGAUUGAUUGAGGAGGCCAGGAAGUGGUUUUAUAUGAUGAAAUCUGAAUAUAAAAUAGAACCUGAAUAUGAGCAUUACUCAUGCAUGGUUGAUCUAUUGGCUCGAGCCGGUUGUCUUGAAGAGGCAAUAGCUCUAAUUAGACAAAUGCCAUUUAACGCAGAUGCUAGUAUGCUGUCUUCAAUUCUGAGAAGGUGUGUGGCCCAUGGUAACAAGAAUCUGGGCAGAGAGGUUGCAGAGCUAAUGAUUCAUCUUGAUCCUGAAAAUUCAAGUGCUUAUGUGCAACUAUCUGGAAUAUUUGCUACUUCAGGUGACUGGGAUGGAUCUACAGAAGUUAGAAAUAUAAUGAGGACUAGAUGCACUGAAAAGAUUCCCGGUAUUAGUUGGUGAUGUGCCUGUAUAAAGUCAUAUUCAUCCAGGUUUCGAAAAGAUGAGGUGAACAUUGGAGAGAAAUGAUUUGGCUAGAACAAACACAGUAGCCUUGAGGAAAGGUCCAAGGUAUAACUUCUUCAGCUGGUUGUGAUGAUGAUUUCAUAAUGGCCUGUGGCUGGAACCGGCUGUAAUACAUAUUAAUUGCUUCUCUCAGUUUGGGAAAUUUAAUCCAAUUGAGGAAAUUCUUGGUACUUGGAGACUUGGAGAGCUUGUAGUUUCCUUGAAUCAUUCUGUCACUACUUGUUGGUCUGGUAGAUUAGUAACAGCAAAGACAGCCAAGGUAACUACUAUUGUUAUUGUCACUGAACUAUAAGAAAAGAAGAUUCAUGUCUUGAUUUCGCAAAUGCGUCUACUGCGAUUGCAGUUACAGUAUGAUGGGGUUUGCUACUCCUCCCUUAACCUGCUUUUAUGAAUGUACAAAUCAUCUAGUAGCUCUUUUGGGUCUAGUGACAAGAUGAAUUGAGAAUGCUGGUCAUUCCGUGUUGCACUCCUUCCAUUUUGUCUAGGAUUUUCAGUUUACUGUUAUAGACACCUAGAUAGGCUUAUCUACAAUUUCCUCUUCUUCACCUUAAAUAUUUAGACUUGCUGCUUAUCAGCUUAUUGGUGAUAGAAAAACAAAGAAAUCUAGCCCUAACCUAUUUUAUCAGCAUCUAUGACUACCCAUAUUAUCAUCUUGUGUCUUGUAACUCAAAGAAGUCUCAUUUUUGUUCCUUAUUAUUAGAUGGUCUUGGCCUGAUGGCCUCUCGGGUGACACGACCUCACCCAAUUUAUGGAUGAGACACACACCAAGUCACCCCUCAAUUAAAAUAACAAAUUUCCCUCGGUAAUAUAAAAAGUCCCUCAACAAUCCAAGUCAUCCUUUCAGCGACAUAAAGAAGUCAAUCUUACGUGGUAUAAUAAGUCACCCUUCAGCCAUAACAAGGCACCCCAAGACUAGUACUUGUGACUUUUGUGAGACUGGUCUCAAAUAAGCUUUUGUGCUAUACUAAAUAAUGCAUUACUGUAUUAAGAGUUUUGUGUCAAAAAAAGAAAAAAAAAAAAAAACCUAUAUGUAAGAGUUUGAUGAGGCCAAAUUUGACCUUCUGAAAGAAUUUCUAUCUUAGUUUUAUACACAUAGUCUUUAUAAUUGGUUCCUGUAAAAUAUUUGACUUAUUCUAUACAAAUAUAGUCCUGAAUAAGCAUGAUAAGGAAAUCUAACAUAAAGUAAUUGUAGAUGUUGUGAAUGAUAAGGAUUGGAUGGUUGACGUAGUUAUAAUAAAUGAGAUUGAAUGAAAAUAUGCCACACAUUGAAGAUGAUUCCUUUGUCAAUUGUCAAAUCUGCUGCUGUACUAUUACACAUCAUCCUACUGAUGACACUGAGUUGAUUUAACGGUAAUACACAGACUGAAGUAUCACGCUCUCAAAUAUCAUGAUCCCAAUACCUCCCCUUCUCCCAAUCAAACUAAAACAGAAAAAGAGAGAAUUUCACCAUUUUUGCUCUAAAAUCCCUGAUAUCUCUUCUUGUCAAUUAUCUUGUGAUGUUAGGUUCAAUUAUAAUUUGCCAUAUAUCAAUUUCAAAUAAUGUUAUUUUUCUAUGUGUCUAGUUUUUUUAGGGAUAAUAUGUCAUAAGUUGACGAUUUUAGUAACUAUAUUAAUCAUAUUAUCUUAUUAUUUCUAUUAUCAGUAAUUUUAAACACCUAAAAUUAGAGCAUACUGAGACUAGAAAUCAAUACGGAGUAUCUUACAAUCAAAAACCUUUCCCUUGUCAUGGUCCCCACACUAAUCUGAUUUUUAGGGAAAGAAACAAAACCAUUAAUUGGCUGUUUCAAAUAAAUAGAUACCAGAAUUCCCUUGUUUACCUUAACAUAUUGGUAUUAAAUCUGAUUGUUGUUUCAUGAACCCCCACACAUACCUUAUCGUACUAAGCUACUAAUUUAUUAACACGUUGUAGCUAAAAUAUUUCCAGGAUCAUUCACUUAUGAAUCUGAUUAUCAAUAUAAGAUGAUUGGCUUUUCAUAACUAACGUGAUGCCAAUUUGCUUAAGGGGGAGAUUUCCAUUCAAUUAUUGAUGAUAAGCUAUGUUUAAUAUAUGUCAAGUUGUUCCAGCUUCAUCUUGUAAUUAGUAGGUGAACUUAAUAUUUAAUUUUACUUCUUUUUCCAUUAUUUUACAACACUAUGAUCAGUUUAAUAUAAGAGAUUAGUUGAAUCUGUACACAUCUGGUGUUCCCUGCCAGGCACGUGCAUGACAUGCGCAAUAUGCACCAAUGGGAACAUCGUUUAUUUAGGUACUUCUAAGUCCAUGUAAUAAUUUUCCCUCUCCUUUGACUUUGCUUGUGGUGGAUGUUCAUUUGGUGGUGGUUGUGACGAUGAUUGAGGGUUUCUGUUUUUUUGUUUAUAUAGGUAUUCUAUCUCAUAUUAGAGUUAGGGAUGUGUCCAAAAGUUGACAUGAAUAGAAUAUACAGAUCAGAUAAGAUAAACUGUAAAGCUACCAGCAGUACAUCUUAUUUCAAACAUAUUUGAGAGGAGCUUAGGCCAAUUGAUUGAAGACAAUUUGUGGCUUCUCCAACUAAUGAAAUGACUUCGUCUGCACAAACAGCAACAGUUAGAAGAUAAGCUAUGUGGGGCCCUCUUACUCUACAUAAUGGACUAUGAUUAGACAUUAUUUUAAUGAUUCCUUCAUCAUAAUGCAUUCUUAAUAUAAGAUUAUACCUUAUAUUAAAUUAGUUUAAGAAUUGCAUUUGCCUCAACUUAGAACUUCUAACGUUCCUUGUUUUCUAAUAUAAAAGACCCCACUUCUGAGUAACAUUCUUAUACUUCCAUUUCUGCUGCUUCUCCCUCUACUGUUUCAUCUUGCUGUUGUGCUUCUCUUUUCUGAUCUAGUAAAGAAUCAAUGGCAGCCAUAAAUAGCUCCUUUUCACCACAUAUUGUAAUUCACCAAUCUGCUUCUUCUCUCAAACAGCCUGUUUUUGGAAUGGUGAGGCUUAGGAAAUCUAUGCUUCCUGUCAAGAGAGCAACCAAGCUGCAAAUUAGAUCCUCCGUAAAAGAUCAGGUUUUUGAAGAUCAUUCAACAGGUAUAAUUUGCUAUAAAGAUGACAGAGGGGAGAUUAUAUGCGAAGGUUUAGAUGAGGGUCCUCGUAUACAUUUGCAGUAUCCUCCAACACUUGUACCAGUAAGGGAUGAUGACGGUAUCCUAGAUCGUCUUCAGCAGAGAUGGCUUCAGAUUAUGGAUGGAGAAACUGCAAACUCUAGCGACCUGCUUAAAAAGUCUUGCAAUGGAUUCAAUACGCUGCAUUGAAAAAAUGCAAAACAACACUAAAUAAUCACUGUAUAAAUGUUUUCUUAAUUAAGACCUGUUAGUUUUCUCUCUUUUACUUUGCGACAUAAAAAUAGACCUUAUGUUAAGCUGAAAGGACUUGGUCAUGUAAUUCCUACUUUUACAGGAUGUAAAUGAAGACUCCUACACCAUGUAAUUCAAUAUAUAUGAUCAUUAAAAUGGAUCAUUGUUUUAAUAACAUUUUCAGAUCAAAAAUCAUUCAGACAUCUCCA